AUGGUUGCAGUCUUCAACAAAGAGCUCCUCAGCUGGUACCUCAUCACCCUCAAGCUCAACCAAACAGUCGAAACCGGUCUUCAAAACCCACGUCUUUUUAUACACGACGGGACUAAGUCUCUGUUUCUGAACCUCAUUGCUCUGGAGCAGUGCCACCUGGACUGCACGAAUGGCAUCACGUCGUACGUGAUAUUCAUGGACAACUUGAUAGACUCCCCUGCUGAUGUCAGCUACUUGCAUUACUGCGGGAUUAUCGAGAAUUGGUUGGGGAGUGAUGCUGAGGUGGCCGACAUGUUUAACCACCUGUGUCAGGAGGUGGUUUUCGAUAUAAACAACAGCUCACUCUCGAGGUUGUCUGAGCAGGUGAAUCGGUACUAUGAGCACAGGUGGAAUGCUUGGAGGGCGAGCUUGAAGAACAAGUAUUUUAAUAAUCCGUGGUCGAUUAUCUCGUUUUUGGCUGCGGUCGUUUUGCUGGCGUUGACCUUGGCCCAAACGUUUUACGGGAUUUAUGGUUUUUACAAACCUCAUCAGUGA